AUGAAGGGCUUGUCGAGUAGCCGGAGACACCAUCACAUGGUGACCUGUGACCCCGCCUAUGACUCCAUGACCCUGGGGCGCCAAGCCCGGCCCUACCCGCUGAACCCGGGCAAUGCCCACCCGGCGGACCACCCUUACUAUGCCCAGCGAAGCUCCUUCCAGUCUGAGUGCGGCCCCUACCCUGACCCGGCUAGCAGAACCUUCCCCCGAAGACACUACAGCUCCCACCAUGAACUGAAGGAUGAAUGUGCUGUGGUGCCUUACACCGGAGGCCAGGGGGGAAGCGUUAAAAACAACCGCAUCCCCCCCAACCUUCUGGAGCAGUUUGAACUGCAGGCGCCGGCGCGCCAUGACGGCUACCACACACUGCAGUACAAGUGCACAGCGGUGGCGCACCAGCGCAGCGACAGCCCUGGGAGGAUCCGGCAUCUUGUCCACUCGGUCCAAAAGCUCUUCACCAAGUCCCACUCCCUGGAAGGCCCAUCCGGGGAUAGGAUGAACGGGGGCAAGGCCAGCUCUGACGACCCGCCCUCCCACUCGGGCACCCUGAAGCACAGCAGCAAGCGCAGCAAGAGCAAAGACUGCAGCAGGUCGGAGCCCAAGAUGCGCUCAGCCAUCUCAGGCUACUGGAGCUCGGACGACACCCUGGACCGCGAGGUGUGCCUGUACCGCCACCACAGCCCCAUCCCGGGAGGCAUGCCCUCGGGGGUGAUGACCAUGGGCCGCCACCCAGGCAAGUCCCAGUCACAGUACUUCAUGGAGCAGUACAACACCAUCAGCGCCCACUCGCUGAAGACGUCACGAAGCAACAACGACGUCAAGUGUUCUACAUGCGCUGGGUUGCCGGGACUGGGCGCGGGGAUGGACGGGACUGGCCAACUGCUGAAGAAGAGCUUGUGGUCGUCAACGCUGACGGUCAGUAGGGCCAGGGAAGUCUACCAGAACGCAUCGGUCAACCUGGACAAAGCCAAGGUCAAGGCUGAUACCUGCCAGCAGGGGGGGCGCCAGAUCUGUCAAUUCCUCCAGGUACCCCAGGACGAAUGGAGUAGGGGGUUCUUGCCCGUGGGGAAAGACGAGGAGAUCCCAUGCCGGCGUAUGCGCAGUGGCAGCUACAUCAAGGCCAUGGCGGAGGAAGACAGCGGCGACUCAGACUGCAGCCCCAAGCCCUCGCCCAAGGUGCAGGCGCGCCGGGCAAGCUAUCUGAAGGCCACACAGCCAUCGCUCACCGAGAUGACCACCCUCAAGAUCUCCACUGAGUCGCACUCUCCCAAGUUGCAGAUCCGGAGCCACAGCUACCUGCGUGCGGUGAGUGAGGUUUCCAUCAAUAGAAGCCUGGACAGCUUGGACCCGGCAGGGCUGCUGGCCUCGCCCAAAUUCCGCUCGCGAAACGAGAGCUACAUGAGAGCCAUGAGCACCAUUAGCCAGGUGAGCGAGGUGGAGGUGAACGGACAGAUGGAGGCAGUGUGCGAGUCCGUUUUCAGUGAGAUGGAGUCUCAAGCGGUGGAUGCUCUGGACCUCCCCAUGUCAGGCUGCUUCCGUAUGCGCAGCCACAGCUACGUCCGUGCCAUCGAGAAGGGCUGCUCCCAAGACGAGGAGGACAGGGUCACCAUGGUGGGGGGAAACAUGAGGGCUAUCUCAGCCCCCCGGGCCACCACCACCGUCAGGACCAUCCAGAGCAGCACAGUGUCGUCAUGCAUUACCACGUACAAGAAGACGCCUCCGCCGGUGCCGCCGCGCACCACCCCACCCAAACCUGUCAUCUCCAUCACGGCCCAAAGCAGCACCGAGUCGGCCCAGGACGCAUACAUGGACGAGGGGUCAGGCCUCCGGACCCAGAGCAGCACUUCCCGGCCCCACCUGUCCAACUCCACUGAGAGCAUCGACAGUAUGAAGGCCCUGACGGCAGCUAUCGAGGCAGCUAACGCCCAGGUCCACGGCCCGGCCAGCCAGCACGUCACCAACAGCACCAUCACCAUCACCGCCACCACCACUGCCUCCAGCAACAGCAAGAGAGACGCGCUCCGGAAGUGCCUCUCCAUAGGGAUACAGGUGGAUGGACUAGAGGACGUUAGGGGGACAGAGGAGCACUCCAAGUUCCAGUCAGUGGGUAUCCAGGUGGAAGAGGAGAGCUGUUACCGCAGGAUGACCAGGUCCAACAGUGUGACCACAGCGGUCCAGGCUGACCUAGACGACCCUGACUACUAUCCCGUCGACGCUCCAGAGAUGGUGAUGCGCCACUCGGCCACCAUGCCCCGCCAGUACUCCCGGGACUCCGCCACCUCCACCGUCUCCAUCCAGGGCUCGGGCAACCACUACCACGCCCUGACUGUGGAGGAGUACGGCGAGGUGGGUGUCGACCCAUCCAUCCUGCCCCCACCCGACCCCUGGAUGGACCAGGUGGAGGGCCCAAUGGAGGUGGUGGGGGAGAGGGGGUCGUUGUGUCCCAGGGACGGGCGCUGGUACCUCAAGCUGCUGCAGGCCGAGAUGGAGCGCAUGGAGGGCUGGUGCAGACAGAUGAAGCAGGAAGAGAUGGAGAACGAGCUGCCGGACGAGAUCCUGGGGAAGAUCCGCAGUGCAGUAGGCAGCGCCCAGCUGCUCAUGUCUCAGAAGUUCCAACAGUUUCGGGAGCUGUGUGAGGAAAACCUGAACCCCAAUGCCAACCCCAGGCCCAUCUCACAGGAUCUGGCUGGUUUCUGGGACAUGCUGCAGCUGUCCAUCGAGAACAUCAGCCUAAAGUUUGAUGAGCUGCACCAACUCAAAGCCAACAACUGGAGACCCCUGGACCUCCCCAAAAGAGCAGAGGAGAGACGGUUCGCCCCUCCAGUGCCAAAGAAGCCCCACAGGGGCCACCCUCCCCUGGCCAGGGACCGUUCUCUGGAGAGCUCCGAGAGACAGCGGCUGGAGGCUCGCAAACGCCUGCUGGCCGCCAAGCGGGCCCUCUCGGUCCGACAGAGCUCUGUCACCGAGAGCGCAGCAGACAGUAUUGAGAUCUACAUCCCCGAGGCCCAGACCAGACUAUGA